CCAUAUCAGAACUUUACCAUUCACGUCCCUUCUAAUUUGAUGGGUAAUGCGUUGCUGACUGUCACACAUGUGGCGCUUAUCGGGGUAAGAGCCCGUCAUCAUGAUCAUUUUGUACCAACGAAAUGGGAACUGCCUGCAUCGGUGCCAGGCUGGGCCCAUUACGUGGAUGGAGGGAAAGACUAA